UCUGAAGGAGUAGUUGGAAGUUUGGUUGUACGCUGCAAACAAUUUCGUGUUAUCACUGAACAUGCCUACUCUAGUUGAUUUGUGUGAAAAAUACUUUGGGCACAAAGACUUUUAUGAUGUUCUACGUAUACCGAAAAAUGCAAAUGAAAAACAAAUUAGGAAAGCGUACCAUAGGCUGUCUCUGCUUGUGCAUCCUGAUAGAGUUGAAGAGCAAAAGAAGGCUGAAGCAACGGAGAAAUUCAAAGUUUUGGGAAAGGUUCAUUCAAUAUUGAGUGACAAAGAGAAGAAAAUGGUUUACGAUGAAACAGGAUCAUAUGAUGAGGAAGAUGAGAAGGCAGAGAGAGAUUGGAAUGAGUAUUGGAGACUGUUGUUCAAGAAAAUCACAAUUGAAGAUAUCAACAGAUAUAAGAAACAAUAUCAAGGCUCUGAAGAAGAGUUAUCAGACUUAAAACGGGCCUAUACUGAUGGAAAAGGUGACAUGGACUUCAUCCUGGAAUCUGUACCGUUUAGUAAUACAGAAGAAGAGCCACGCCUUCGCUCAUUGCUGCAGGGAAUGAUUGACAGUGGGGAAGUUCCCGCAUUCCGUGCAUUCACUCACGAAACUCCUCGCAAGCGAGAGCGGAGGAAGAGGAAGUGGGAAAAAGAAGCACAAGAGGCAGAGAAAAUGAAGGUGGAAAUGAAUAUGGAUGACGGGGAAGAAGGACUACGAGCCAUAAUCCAGGCUAAGCACGCCCAGAGGACUGUCGAUGCCGACGCGUUCUUCGACCAUCUGGCAGCGAAGUACAGUGGUGGAGGGGGUAGUGCUAAGAAGAAAGGCACGCGACAGCAGCCUGCGAGGAAGCAAGCCAAGAAGUAGUGCAGCAGUGGGCUGUGCAAGAGCAGAGUGAGGCUACAGACUGAAAACAAAUUUAUUUCUGGUGUAUUUUAUCAAUGUAUAACUUGCUACAGCAUUGUUUAAGAACUUGUUUGACCCAAAUCUGUCACACAUAGUUUACCUUGAAUGAAAAUGUAAUUUGUGGGCCAUGUUAUACAUUUGUAAAUUUCUGAACAUUUUGAGAUAAGGUGUGUGUGUGUGUGUGUGUGUGUGUGUGUGUGUGUGUGUGUGUGUGUUUCACUCAGAGAAAGACUGUAAACUGUUACUUGUAGUUAUAUUGCCAACUCCGACAUACUGUUCUCCUUUGGUUCACAUAUACUUUGUUAAAAAUUAGUACACAGUUUUCACUUUAAAAAUGAGUUCUUAAUGUGAUUAAGUUCACCAAAAAAAACUAAAAACUGUGAUACAACUUUACUGUUCUACCCUACACUUGGACCGCCAUCGUAUGUUGUGCAGUGUGAGAUAGCGUUAUCUUUGUGUCUGGCUGCUUUAAGUACAAUGAAAUCUUUAAAAAGUGAUUAUUUUAAUUUGUAGUCCUAGCCUUGAGUCAUUCAUGAUGAUCUGAAACGGCAAUAAGGGAUCCUUCAAGCACCUGGGAAGUACUUGAGGUCCCACAUGUCAUGUGAAGGACAUCUAGAAAUUAGUGUCUGAAGGACACAGUACUGGAAAUGGAAAGUGUGAUUUGCAAUUUUAAAUUUGAAAGUACUGGCAUAACUUUAACAAGAUGAUGCAUAAAGCAUUGUGGUUAUCCAAACAGUAAUUGUAUCCUGUGAUGUGUUGUUACAUUUGACAGAUGACUGCCACUGUCACCUGUGGAGACAGUCUGUCAUAGGUCCAAUAACUAUUCUCACAGUUUAUAGCCAUUAUGUGUUUACACUCUGGAUUUAUAUAAGUGGAAUAACCAUAUACAGUGAAAUCUCACUUUUACCCUUUUCAAGGAACUUUAAAAAAUGGAGUAGAAUACGAGAAAUAACUUUUUAAGCAGAAAGCUACUUUUAUGUUCUCCCCCUCCCCCUCGCAUUUUUGUUGUUUAUGUAUGAUAUAUGUAGAUAAUAGGCAUAAAAAAUACUUGUCAGGGACUUGUUUAUAAUCCAUUAAAGGCCAUCUGAAUUUUGUACUAUCAUCAGCCACUGAUGCGACUAGAACUGGUAACUGUGUGGGAUGUAGAAAUGUGACUUAAUUUCAUUCAUUAUAAUCAAUGUUUUUGGAACGUCUGCAGUUGUCAUUAAUUAUUUAAGAAUGAAUCAGUGCACCAGUUUUAUUUUUUUCAUGUGUAACACAGUGCUUUUUGAGAAUUCAUUGUCAUCUGUAAAUUGAUGUAAGUAUUUUGUUUGACGUUUGCAUAUGUGCUGUUCUGAUUCCCUUGUGCUGUAGUCAUAUUUUUGAUGUUGUAAAUACAUAAGGAUUUGCACUGGACGAUGGGAAUAAAUUCUCAAAACACAUUUUGAUAUGAAUGAAAAAAUGUGUAUCUCGUGCAGUGUGUCAUUAAUUGAACCAUAAACAUUUGAGUAAUGCAAAAUGUGAAAAGGUGUGAACAAGUGCUGCAAGCGAACAAACAAUGAAACACGGGAAAUAUGUGUUAGAGGUGUCAUGAUCACAAACUUGCACAUCCGCAUUAGAGGUAGUUUAAAAAUUCUCAUGGUCGGUCAUUAUUUGAACAAACAUAAUUACUCCCAUUAGCCAUCACACCAAGUAGAGCUUGGAAAUGGUAGAAGAUAAAACACGAAUUGCUCAGUUUCCACUGAUUCAGAUUUGAGUACAGUGCCCUGGUGUCACACUUGUGCACAUAAUGUUUGUAAGCUUCACUUGAAAGCCAGCACUACGGGAGUGUCAUUUCAUAUCAAUUAAGUCAACUUUUUCUCCACCAGUGUUUCAUCAAGUGUAAAUCACGGGAAAAUUAAAAAUGUUAAUGCAAAAUCAGGAGCUAAUUAACAUUGUAAACAUAGGAAAUUUGAUGGGAGUGAUAAAAAAUUAUCAUAAACGGUGGGAAAACGUUAAUUCUGAGAAUGUCAGAGCAGGGUUACUCUGUAAUUGUUGUUUAAUAAGCACUCCACCAGAUGUUCUUGAGAGUUAAUUUUUACAAAAGAAAAUUAUAUGAACUGUAAUAUUUGGUCUUAAGUAGGUUUAUGUAACUAGAGGACAGAAUGCGAAAGUAGAGGAUGUGUGGUUUGGUGUAGUCAGUUGAUAUUGUUUAGUCUCCUGUUCUGACCUUCAACCACCUUCCCUUACUUCUGAGAACUGCUAGCAACACCUGUUUACCACAUAUAUGGGAGUGACUGUUUUGACAUGAUUUUUAUCAAGCCAGAUACUGUCAACUGGGUGUACUUGAGAAACUUUAAAAUUUUGAAAGCACACAGAAAAUCUGACAGUUGUUCAAGAAGCAAACUUUCAUCUGCUUUCCAGCUACUUGAAGUACUAUUGACUGACAAUUACAGAAAAAUUGCAUUUUUGAACUACAGGACAGGAAAGUUAAGGUUUUAUUCUGUCCCAUGUUACUCCCCAGGUUGGCUAUAUUGGGGCAGAAAGCUUGAAACAUCAAUUUUGUUAUAUAAUCUUGUAAUGUUUUAACUAAAUGAUAAUAUUCAAUACAUUAGGGACCGGGAAAUGUUUUGAAAAUAAUUUCAUUACUAAAUUUUAAAAUAACCUUAUUAAGUGAGAAAAAGAAACAUUAACAAAAUUUAGUUCUUAUCACUCGGAAAGACAUUUCUCUCUUCACUGCCUUUGGCAUAAUAAAAUUUGAACAAGAGAAACUACAGAAAUGUCAUCAUUUGUAAAAAAUAAACAUUGUUUCCUUUAUAAUGCCUCAUGAAUUCGCAUUCAUGUGAUCCAUUGUUAGCAAUGUGCCAAUGAAGUUUUUGUUGAUCUGUCUUUUUGUUCACUAAUAAACAACUGAACUUUAACAAAAUCUCCACAUUGAACUGAUAAACACUGCUGCUGAAUAUUUGGUGUUUGUGCAAGAGUUUCAUUCCCAUCAUUAUUCUGGGUUUCAGUUCUAUUGUUCACCACCAUUUGCAAUUCACAUUCUUGAAGAGAAUAAUGUUCUUCCUGUUUUUCUUCAACUGAAGGUUGAUUUUCACCCCCCUCUUUGGUGGAUGCUGUAAACUCUUAUUGCUACUUAAUUUUUCCCCUUUUGCUUUUCUCCUUCUCUUUUUCAGAAGAACUUAUUGCUGUCUCAAAAAAAUCAGAUGUCACACUUGAUCCUGGAGAAAUAUCCAAUUUUUCUCUCUUCUUCAUAGUUGUAUGUUUUGCUGGUUUCCUUGAGGUACCUUUCAAAUGAAUUAUUUCAUUUUUGCAUUUGGUCUUCAGUUAUGUGCUACGUGUGUCACGGCUUUUUGUGGUUCAAUGGGAUUUAUGUUACUUGCUUCAAAUCCACUAAACGGGUUUUGCAUUAUGAAGCACUAUUACUUCUCAAGAGUUUUCUUAAGACAUUGAAAAUAUCUUUAAGGAGCGAGGUAUGAUAUUUUGCUUUCCACUCCUCCAAUACCUCCCUCCAUUUCACUUCCUCCUGGAAAAAACACUAGGUCCAAAGGCAGACUCAAAUGAGGUUGUGUUAGGAGGCAAGAGCACAAGCUAUAUGAUGAUUUGCUCACAUUCUUCUGUUAUUGUCACUGACAUGUCUUGCCUAUUUAUCUCCUAUUAUGACUGGGUCCAUCACAUACUUUUUUGAGCUAUGGAAGUGCUGUAGGUAAAACCAGUCCUCAAAAAUUGCACCCUCAAACGAUCUUGGCCCUGAUCUUGAGCAAUUGAAAGGAGUUCCCUUUGGUCCACCUUCUAUCCUCAUAUAGUAUAGCUGUUCUGAUUCGUACACAGUGUAUUUAGGGAGACAAUAUCGAGAUGCUGUACCAGUAAAAAUUACUGAUGUGCUUGAUUCUGAAUUAUCAAUGAUUUUCAGGAUGCUUGCGUUGUCUUCUUACAGUGACUUUUCUUCUUCCACGAGCCAUCUGCCAUGUUUAUUUCGUCAUAAUACAAUAUAGCAUUUUGCAGAAUUCCACUGAAUGAAACGUUCAGUCUUCAAAAUAUGAUUUUUAUUGCAUCUACACUUAACAGCAACUUUCAAAAUAUGAUUUUUAUUGCAUCUACACUUAACAGCAACUUUCCAUCUUUUCACAUUCUCAGAAAAUCUACCUUCAGUUUUAUUCCUGUUUGAAAAUAAUUUUGUCCAUUGUCCACCAGACAUUAAUUUUAAUUUCUAUGAAGCCCUUCUCAUCAAACUAUUUUGACAAUAGGCUAACAUUAAAUUUAAUUUCUAUGAAGCCCUUCUUAUCAAACUAUUUUGACAAUAGGCUAACAUUAAGUUUGAUUAGAGUGGUGCCCCAUUUUGCCGCUCCUUGAAGAUUUUCCGCCAAACCGUAUCCCUCUGUAAUGCUAAGAGUGGGAAGGUGGCCAUAUUUACGCACAUUCCUGUACUUCAUCUUUCUGUUGAGUACUUUCUGGAACUCCAUAUCUUUCUAUAGCUUUCUGAAGACUAAGGUUCUUACCAUCUCCUUCCCAUAUUUCAAUGAUUUGAGAUGAAAUAAACUGUAAAAAUGAAAAGGAAGUAUUACAGUGCUUUCCUGUCAAACUUCGAUAUGGUCCCAAGUAACACAUAAUGAACACAUUUAGAAUGAAUGAAAAUAAUUGAGUGGCCACAUUGAACUUCGUUGUAGCUAUAAAUCACGAAGGAGGUUAGAAUAGGACAUGUAAACAAAACUUCUAUCUUUAAUAACAUAAGAGUGAAAAUUAACAUUACCUCCUGUACUUAAAACAAAAACAUUGUCCUUUAAAUAUUGUUGAAUCAGUACUUAGCAGGCUUCGAAAUAUGUAGCAAUUACUACAGCCACUCAUGAAAUACAGAUUCAUAAAAAUAUAAAAACUUUCCAAAAUCCCUGUAUCAGUGGUGCCAAUACUUUAAACAAAAAAUUUGUUCAAAGUUACAUCUGCUGUUCCAAGUACACCCAGUUGAUAGUACCUAGUUUUCUCCCUCUAUUUAACAUCUUGGCUCUAAUGGAUGGUACACAAUUAUUGGUGACUGUUCUAAUAGCACAAGUUUGCUCAGUAGCUAUUUUUCUGAGAAGCAAUUUUUUUGUCUUGAUUUGUAUUAAAUAUUGUGGCUUAUCUUUCUUUCUAAGGAUCACAUAAUAAACAAACACCACAUAAGACUGUAAUCUGUUUCCUCCCUUUUUUUUAAUUAAAGAUAUGGAUUGUUGUGCAGUCAGAUUGUGCUAUGUAUACAGUAACAACCCAUUAAUGAAGUGACACAAAAUUAAUUGAAAGCCUUAAUAAUCUCUCAACUAAUUUGCAAUUUGCCCAAAAUGUGAGCUUAUCCAGCUCCAGGCAGUUGCUCAUUACAGAUCAGUACAGCACUAGUUUUCACAUUCUCUUGUGUGGAAAUGACAUUUACAUUUGUUGGCAGAAUCUGGUGUACAGCCUAUUGACGCAAUACUCUCCUAAAAUUGUUCCUGACAAGGUCGGCAUGGGGUUGUUUUCAGUAUUAUCAGGUUUCUGUUGUUGUUUAACACAAAAUUCUCUCUCUCUGACCUUUUUUAAAAUGUCAUUUUAAUAGAUUGUUAAAUACCAGUGAAUUACUGGAAAUACAAAUAUUUUAAAUCUUCAAAAGAAGUUCGAUUAAUAGAAAAUUGAUAUGUGUACUUGUAUUGAUUUUGUGGUUUGAGAGCUGGUCAACAGUUGUGAUAUAGGAUGUUUUGCCUAUUUUUACAUAACUGAUGUGUGCAUUUAUGUUGGUAGCACAUGUUUGUGAUUUUUUGUUUUGUUUUAUUAAUGACAAUAUUAUGGAAAGGAUAGAUUUCUGCUCACCAUGUAGAUGUUCAGUUGCAGAAAGGCAGAAUGAAAAGACAGCUAAACAUUUGAGCUUUUGGCAACAAGGCAUUCUUCUAAGAUAAGAAACAUACACGCAAGCACAACUCGCGCACAUGAUCACGUCUCUGGCCACCGAGGCCUUGUGGCUAAAAGCUCAAAUGUGUAGCAGUCUUUUUUGUUGUGCCUGUCUGCAAUGUGGCGUCUCCUCCGUAUGGUGAGUAGCAAUCUAUCCUUACCAUAACAUUUGUCAUUACUCCGUCCUGGAUGUCCCUUUGUUUAAUUUGUAUUCAUGUGAUUUGCUGAUUGCCACACUCUCUCUCCCGGCUAUAAUACUAAAAUUUGUUUUGUAUCUAUCUAAAGUUUCCUAAAAGUAACUUGCAUAUUAAGUCAUUGUUCAAAUAAAUUACCCUUAAAGGGCAAUGAUUUUUUCAUAAACUGUACCAGGCCUAUUUUAUGCACCCGUCCCUAGAAACCGGGCAAUUUUACCAAUAUUAAAAAAAUUACUGCAUCAAAUCUACUGUUUGGAUUGUGGCAAAUUUGGUACCAUCUUGAAGCUGCACAUUUCUACUUUAAUUCUGAGUGAAAGAAACUACUUUACAAUGCACAGCUUUAAGGUACAGUUGUAGAAAUCACUUAGAUGUUUUAAGAAUUUAGAAAAAGUCAUACGAAUAA